AUGGUAAGCUCGUCGACGGAAAGUGACGACCCGGCGGAGGAGAUGGCGACAGAUCAUAUCGAAGAACGCCUUUCUAGCAGGACAAGAGGUCGGAGUCUUCUGAAGCACUUUUCUCGACAGCGAUCACAAGGAAAAGAGUCUUCCAUUGAAAGUGAAGGUGAUCACCAAGAAUCCAUGCAGACAAUCCGACCUAAGUCUAGUGGUACAUGUACCUCAUAUUCUGUGGAAAGUGAAUGGGAUAGAAGUGAUGAACUUCUGGAUCUUAUGCUUGCGCAAGGGAAAAUCUCCAACGAGGAUCAUAAAGAGUUACUUCACAAAUUCGCCACAGUGAAGAAUUACAAGAAUGGUGAUGCACAGCGGAUGAUUCUUGGUAAUCUUGUGAAGACUGGACGAAUAUCUAUUGAUGAUGCUGUGCACUAUUCCAGACUACUUGGUAUUGUGGCAUCAGCAGAAACAGAAGCCCGCACAAUUGCAGAGGUUAACAAUGCUUUCCAGGACAAAAGGGUAUACAACUUUGGUGUAUAUAAGUACUACAAACAUCGUUCCUGUCAGAGACGUAUUUUGCAGAUUGAUUUUCAGUCAUGCCAAAUUUGCAAUAUUCAGAAAGGAAACCUGAAUCGGAUUUUUCCAUUUGCCCAAGUAACAGACUAUGAAAGUGAGGAAGGACUGCGGUUUUUCAUCUGUUUUAGAGGCCAUCAAGAUUAUGAAUUGGAAGCAGACACCCAGGAGGAGAAGCAGAAGAUAUGCCGAUUAUUGUGCCUAAUUGUGGAAAACAACAAGUCUUCUGCUAAGGGUCGUGUCCUUACCCAAGCAGACUUCCGAGGAACUCUAAGACGCUGUCAACAGGUUGUCAAGGAAGGAUUUUUGGAGAAGAAGAAUCACAAUCUGUACACCACAUAUACAAGGAGGUGGAUUCGAAUACGGGAAGGUGAAUUGUCCUACUACAAACCAGAUGAUGAUAAUCAACAAGCUCUUAAUAUUCUACAAUUGUCAGAAGAUGUAACCAUAGUAAAGAAACUCAACUUCAAUGGCUUCAGUAUAACGACAAGGAAAAAAGUUUAUUUUUUUCGAAUCAUUCCAAGUGGCAGUGCAUCUGCGGCAGACAUCGAAAAGGAUCGAGAUGAAUGGUUCAAGGCAAUCCGUUUUGCCUGUGGAGACAGAAGAGACUCUGUGGCAAUCUUUGGAACAGAUGAUACAAUCAACAAAACUUCUAUGUCAGCAUCAGAAGAGAGUCAGCCAACCAGAGAGAGUUUUUACCAAGCCAUGAGGCACUUUCAGGAGGAGUUAGAAAGACUAUCUUUAGUUAUCAACAAUAUAGAUGAAAGAGGUGAUGCCACGAAAGCCUUGAUACAGCUUCAGCAAAAAGCAAGAGUGAUUGAGACAAUGUGUUCUCAAAUCAGGCCUUCAUCUGAUGCAAGUUUCAGUGGUAUUUCAACUUCAGUGGAUACAGAAUCUUCCUCCCACCUUGAUCAGUCCAGCACGGUCACACUGGAUACUGGUGACCAGAGUUAUGAUGAGCUGCUGCCACCAUUAAUUAAAUCAGAUCGUCACUCGCUUAUUAUUGGCAACAAUUGGGUACUUCACAACAACAGUAGCUCUGGAUUGACAAAUGGACACUCUUUAAUAGUUGAUCCACCAGAAACAAAUGGUGAAAUUCAAAAUGGAUAUGAUACACAUCCCACAAACAAUCUUGAACAGAGGACAAAUAUGAUAGUAAAUGGCAUCACAAGCUGUUCCUCAGGAAAUCUGUCGGCAGUGUUCGAGUGCAAGUGUUUAAGGAGCAAAGAAGUGACUUGCAAAAAUAUCCACAACAGUAACAUGAAUGCAUUUGUGAACGGUCAUGAAAAAUGCCCUGAAACUACAGCAUUUGUGAAUAGCAACCAGGUGACAGCUAACAUGUUUCUUGGCUUCGCACCAACACGGAUCAAUGAGCUACCUCCUUUACCUCCCCCUCCUCCACCAAUUUUAGGUAAGUUGGACUUCAUGUUUUGGGGUUUGUUUUUGUUUUUGUUUUGUUUUGUGUUGUUUUUGUUUAUUAGUUUGCAUUUUUUUGCUCGCAUUUCUUCAACUGAGCAUGCUGGUUUGAGUGCUCUUAUGAGACAUUUAAUUGGUUUUAAAGUUUUAUUUUGUAUCAUUUUACAUAGAGUGUUACCAUAGAGUGUUACCAUUUAUUUAUGAAGCAAUGAUGUAACUCGUUGUAACUGAACGGUUACUGUAAGACUGGUAUCUGCUCUUGUGCCACACUUGGGCACAAUGCUGUGUAACAUCACCAAAGGAUGUGUACAUGUAUACACAUACAAAUAGUUGACGUUGAACAAUAGUAUACACAUAUAGCCUGGCAAUGAAGUCACCAGUGCACGUCUAUGUGCCCCGAGGGACUGUGAGUGACUGACCAGAAGAGGACUCACAGGCCCGAAGGGGGCAUAGAUGUGCACUAGCGACCGAAUUAUGCCAGUCCAUAUGUUUUAUAACACACCUCUGUCCAAAAUAUAAAAUAAGAAAAGAAACUUUGUCUUUUAGUUGAAGUGUUCUCAACAAUUAACUCUUAAGUCACUCGGAAUUCAACCAACUGCUUCUCAGAACCACACAACUCACAAAGAGAUAUCAUUCACAUGGUGUUACUGCAAACCUCCCAUUCAUUGAUCAUGUCUCCAUGCAAACCUUUAAGCCUCAUUUAACUUAUAAGCAAUCCAACAAUAAGCAAUUAAACACAAUACAUGGAAGUUGAAACAGAGGGCGCUGUAACUAGUUGAAAAUGUGUACGUGCGCAAUGUCUUGACGCACAAGGACGACCUCAAUUAGAAAAUGUGAUGUUGAGUUUGAAUUGUUGAGUUUGAAUUGCAACAAGCUACGCCUUUCACUUAAAGACUGGUUAGGGAUUAAAUCGUUAGGGAUUAAAUCUACACUCAAAGUAAGUGAAUUUCAUCCCGGUCAUCUGUUUGUCAUAACAAAAAAACAAUAUGCACUGACAUCCACUGUUAAACCAAUUGAAACUGUUGUCAAUCAGUUUCAUUCUCACAAGAUAAUCUCUAGAAUGGAAUCUGAUAUUACCAAUCUUCGGAGAUGUCAUUGUCACCACGCACUGAAACCACUCAUGUACACUCUUUGGAAAUUAGGCUAUUUUAUGGGAAACUUA